AUGCCAAAGGGGUUUCUUGUGAAACGGUCCAAAAAGGCCGGCGCCGCAUCGUACCGGGUUCGCGACGACGCUGAACCGAUUCAACGUUUCCUCGCCGUUGCCGGUGCGUCAACCCUCCACCUCUUCACGGACAAUAUGCAAGCGCCGAGAUUACCAUCAAGAACCCCAGAGAGAGUUUACUUCGGAGGGAUGCCCGAAUCAUUCUAUGCUCCGUCUCUAAGCCCCACUCGACCGGACAGGUGUGAGGACAGCAAUCAGUACCCCACGGAGACGGAGCCCAGUCGCAACACAGUCUCUCCCUCUUUACCGGAGAGCUUUCCCGAGCCGGUUCUGGGCAACUUCGCUGUCAAUGGCUCGCCAGCAUCCCCCUCCCUACCAGAAAUGACUUCCAACUCGGAGUGUAUUGUGAAGCAGCAGCCAAGAGCGUCAGGGAAGAGACCUGCUCAAGCAACAGCGAAAAAUCUGAGCGCCUCCAAAAAGCGCAAGUCCACGGGCUCUCCAAAUCAAGAGAAGCGCCCUGUCACCCGGGAUGAAGUCACCACGUCGCCGGUGUUGGGCUUGCGUAUUAAAGAAGACGCAGGUGAGGACGCGAGAAAGAGUUCAACUGCAACUUGUCCACUGGGUGGGUUUGUCUGUCAGCUCUGCAAAGAAAGUUACCAAGACCCGCUCGGCUUGGCGCACCACAAGUGCUCACGCAUAGUGCGCGUCGAGUACCGCUGCACCGAGUGUGACAAAGUUUUCAGCUGCCCCGCCAACCUCGCCUCUCACCGGCGCUGGCACAAGCCCAGGAACGCACAAGGGGAAAGCGUUUCCCCUCAACGAGAGGAGAGCAAGUCGUCAUCGACAGAACCCGGCCAUGUGUCCAGCACCAGAGAAGUUAUGACGCCGCCACCCCACAUCGCAGAUUCGGCUUCUGAAGACGAGAUGCCUUUUAGUUGCCACCUGUGCGCAAAGAAGUUCAGACGGCAAGCCUAUCUGAGAAAGCACUUGGCUCUCCACAGCAGAAAAGCCAACAGCCAGCUACAGGAGCAGCUGUCUCCUGAUGUCCCGUUGAGAGCGCAAAGUCCCGGGGAUAAAUCCGAAGUGGGGAACGCUACAUCAGACGGUGCUGCUGUUCAAAACCUGGCUGCCGAUCACAUGUCUAUGCGGGAAGGCGGCGUGUCCUACAACUGUAGAUUUUGUGGAGACAAUUUCUUCUCAUCCCCUGGGCUGACCAGACACAUCAACAAGUUUCAUCCCACGGAGACGAGACAAGUCAUCUUCCUGUCUCGGACAGUUUGAAGUGACAAAUUAAAAUAGAGCUGUU